GCCAUGGUGUGGUGUGAGAGGGGAAUCCAGGUGCUGCUGACCACCAUGGGGGCGUUUGCCGCCUUCGCCCUGAUGACGGUGGCCAUCGGCACCGACUACUGGCUGUACGCCCGAGCCUUCAUCUGCAACAGCACCGCCAACUCCUCCCAGGAGGACUCCAACAACAAGGACAAGAAAGACCCCGGGGCCCUCACGCACUCCGGCCUCUGGAGGAUCUGCUGCCUGGAAGGGAUGAAGCGAGGUGUGUGUUCCCAGAUCAAUCACUUCCCCGAGGAUGCUGACUACGACCAGGAUGCUGCAGAGUAUCUGCUGCGUGUGGUGCGAGCCUCCAGCAUCUUCCCCAUCUUGAGCGCCAUACUGCUCCUGCUGGGCGGAGUGUGCGUUGCAUCCAGCACCUUCUACAAGAACAAGAGGAACAUUAUCCUCGGGGGAGGGAUUCUCUUCGUAGCUGCAGGCCUGAGCAACAUUAUUGGUGUGAUCGUGUAUAUCUCUGCGGCGUUGAGCGACAUCUCACCAAAGAAGGAUGAGGACAAGAAGUGGCACUACUCCUAUGGCUGGUCUUUCUACUUCGGCGGCCUCUCGUUCAUCCUAGCCGAGAUGGUUGGCGUCCUGGCUGUCAACAUAUACAUCGAGAAGAACAAGGAGCUGCGCUGCCGCUCACGCUCUGACCUCUUCAAGAGCACCACACAUGCCAUGUUGCGCCUGCCCAGCUACCGCUUCCGCCGACGCUCGCGCUCCAGCUCACGCUCCACCGACCCACCACGCUCACACGAGACCUCUCCCGUUGGUGCCUCCAAGACCUUCAGCCUGCCGCCAUCGGCCCCACCCUUCUCCGUGGCCACGCUACCGAACCCACACCACACCAGCGGCGGGGGGGGAGGAGUUGGAGGUGGGGGAGACAUUUCCAUGUACACCCUGUCGAGGGACUCCAAGCUAGGGAGCCUGGGAGGCGGUGCACCCCCCCUGUACGGUACAGUGGACCGUGCCACGCUCUACCAGCUCCACAAUUACUUCCCCAAAGACUCCGGCGGUGGGGGAGGAGUGAUGAGCAGUGGGACACUCCCAUCUCUCUCCAAGUCCAACUUGGCGGCAGCGGCGGCUGUGGCCCAAAACGCGGCGCCACUCAACACCUCCACCCAAGCCGCUCCGACAGCCCAGCAGGCCCCAGUAUCAACGGCAACCAUGGAGAGGGACAGGGGCACCAUGGGAACCCUGGAUCGGCUGGGGGGGAAACGGGACAGGGAUAGCAACUCGGAUACGCUAAACAGGAAGACCACGCCAGUUUAA